UCUCUGCCAGCUGGAAAUCAAUAAAAGGCGAGCUAGAGCAUUGGUAAUGCCCCAAGGCUGCUCAGCAAAUGACUGAUUCUCUCCUUUACCAGCCUCUGAAAAUGCCUGCCAGCAUGAGGUUGCUCCUCGCAGUACUGCUCUCAGGAAUUAUUUGUGCAGCCACUGUUUCCCCUAUUAUGCGGCUGCGUUGGUGUACAACCUCCGAUCUUGAACAAAGUAAGUGCAACAACUGGACAUCUGUUGAUUGCGUCCAAGCUACUGGCAUGGAAGAUUGCGUCUGGAAGAUUAAGAGGGAAGAAGCUGAUGCCACUAUUCUUCAUAGUUCGGUACUGAUGGCUGCAGGGAAGUGUGGGCUGGUGCCAGUUAUGACUGAAUAUUACAACAAAGAAAAUCUUGAACCCUGCCAUGAUCCAAGAGCCCUUACGGAACCAUAUGUGUAUAUAGUAGCUGUUGUGAAGGAUAAAACUUUGACCUGGAAUAGCCUGAGAGGCAGGAAGUCAUGCCAUACUGCCAUGCACCGAACUGGUUGGAUGAUCCCAAUGGGCCUGCUGAUUGCACAGGGAAAAAUUAAAAACUGCACCAUUUACAACUCAACAUAUUUCAGUGAAAGCUGUGCCCCAGGGGGAGAUCCUGAAUCUAAGCUAUGCUCGUUGUGUGCUGGUCGGGCCAGUUCAACUGACCCAGGAAGAGAAAAGUGUGCCUUCGGCGUUAAUGAACAAUACUUCGGUUACAAAGGUGCCUUCAGAUGCCUGACUGAGAAGGGUGAUGUCACUUUCAUCAAAGAUACAACUGUCUUUGAGAACACUGAUGGUAAUUUGCAGGAGGAUUGGGCUGAAGGUCUCAAGUCCAGUGAUUACAGGCUUCUGUGCCUAAAUGGCUCCCAGGCUGCUGUGACAGAUUACAAGACAUGUCACCUGGCUCGAGUACCUGCUCAAACUGUUGUAUCCCGAAGAGAUAUGAGGGAUCGAGUCUUGAGUUUUUUAAAAGAGGAGCAAAAGAAAUACGGCCGCAAUGGGACAGAGAAAGAGAGGUUCUCGAUGUUUAGUACAAACAAUUUGUACUCCUGGGGUAUUCUGUUUGCAUCCAGCACCCAGUGUCUGGUUGAAGUGUUAACCACAAGUUACAGAGAAUUCUUGGGUGAAGGAUAUGUCAAAGCAAUGGAAGGCCUCCACAGCUGCGUCCCACCAGAUGGUCCUGCUGCUUCUUGUUUUCAGCAGUAACUAGGCCCAUGGUGAAACCUCACUGAGUUCCCUGUUUGAGACCCACUGGCUCCUGGAAGGUGGGCUAAUGUUCUCCAUUUGCAGCACAUCAAUGUCCACCCGAUUUCCAGCUGAAUUGGUUAUUUUGUUUUAAAGUCCAUUAGUACAAUGUAGCAUGAUCUCAUUCUGUCUCUGUAACAAUAAAUAAACUCCAUUAGUAAUCUCA